CUUGCCCGUUUGCAAACAGCUUCUAUGUUUCACUGUAUGCUGUUGCUGAAGUUUGUAUCUUGCACUUCAACUUCUGCGAGCAAACGCUUAAGACUUUUCUCCUCUUGAUCGUCGACCUAUAAGCAUAGCGGCGGCCUAUGUUGAUACGCUAGGAAAGCCAUACUGCCCCUUAAGUUUAGCUGCCUUUGGGGAGGCUCCAACCCAGGGGCGCGGUAGCUAUAGCGCGCCACCCAGGAUUUUGAGGAAGGGACGCCUAGUUACAGCGCCAUGGCGCGCAGUACGUAUGAUGAUUUUAUCAUUAAGGAGAAGAUUGGGAGCGGUAGCUAUGGCGUUGUCUUCAAGGUGGUGCGGAAGGUCGAUAAGCAUGUAUACGCAAUGAAGGAAAUCGACCUCCAGGGCAUGUCCCGAAAGGAGCAAGAGGAGUGCAUCCGGGAGACCCGUGUGCUGUCGUCUUUGGACUCGGACUACAUCAUCAGAUAUUACGAUUCCUUCCUUGAGAAGGGCAAGCUCUACAUCAUCACGGAGUAUGCCGCAAAUGGCAACUUGCACGACUACAUCAAAAAGCAAAAAUCACGGCUCACUGAGGAGCUCAUAUGGAAGCUCUAUAUACAGAUCUUGUUAGGUCUUAACCAUAUGCACUCCAGAAAGAUCCUGCACCGGGACAUAAAGACGCUGAACGUUUUCCUCGACGAGGACGUCAACGUCAAGCUGGGAGACAUGGGCGUCGCAAAGAUUCUGAGCACAAACACCAACUUUGCAAAGACGAUAGUUGGCACGCCCUACUACUUGUCACCGGAGCUCUGCGAAGAUAAGCCAUACAACGAAAAGUCCGAUGUAUGGGCGCUCGGUGUGGUGUUGUAUGAGUGCUGCACGCAACGGCACCCCUUCGAUGCCGACAACCAGGGCGCGCUCAUCCUCAAAAUCUUGCGCGGCAAGUUCCCGCCGGUGACGGGUUACUCCCCAGACAUCUCCGACCUCAUCAAGCGUUGCCUGACACAGAACGCAAACCGGCGGCCAAACACUUUCAAGCUCCUGAUGCUUCCCAGCAUUCGGCAGAAGGCGGAGGAGCUGGGGAUCUCUCUACCGGACCAGGCGUCGCUGCGUGACAUGGCGGACAGAAACAUGGCGAGCAGCGCCGCAAAGCCCCGACCAAAGACGCCGCAAGGCCAAGAAGCCGAGUCCCAGGAAGCACCGGAUCAAGCGGCAGCUCGAUCCUCCGGGAACCCGCAGGGGCCUGCUCGCGCCGUAGGGGACAUGAGCUCGUCGCCUGAUGUAGCUGCGCCCUCCGCGGGUGAGGACGGUGCGUUCGCCUCCACCAUCCGUGCGAGCGAGGUGGCGGGGCCGCGGCCAGUGGAGGUGUCGGUGUCAUGUGUGGAGCAGACGUCUGGGGAGGGGCAAGCGCUGGGCACAGCACCGGCGCCCGUUCAGACGGCGUGGGCGGAGGAAACGGCGAGGCCCAAAGCGAACCGGCCGCCAGCUUGGGGCUUGACACAGCAGAUGGACACCCUUGACGUGGACGACGACGGCGAGGAGGAGGACGACAGCAAGAACCCCUACCUGCAUCCCGUACAGGCAGACGACUCGUCGGUCGAGGAGGAGGAGGAUGACGGGGAAGGGGAGGAGGGCGAGGAGGACGACUACGACAACGGGGAAUACGACGCGGCCGGCGAGGACGGGGAAGAGGGCGAGGCCGGGUGGGCGCCCGACCCUUGCCGCAUCGCGCACAUGCGGACGGCACUCAUGAUCCAGCGAGCAGCGUGCUUGGACCUGGUCGGCGAGAAAGCCUUCAAUGAGCUCUACGCGUUGCUGAAGAGCAACCAGGUGGACGAGGCGAGCAUGACGGACUUGUCGCGGUUGGUCUUCAAGAUCAUUCCCUAUGACAAGUCGGAGGUGAUCCAGAUGAUGUACAAGCUGCUGUACCUGGAGUCGCAGCUGGAGGGGCACUAGCACCGCGUGUGACAGGAGCCGUGGAGGAGCGACGGUGGAGGGCAUGGCGUUGGUGGUUGCGAUGUCGACCAUGCAUCAGGAGCAGGAGGAAGGAGGUGGAGUAGCAUGUUUCUCCAGCAGCGGCGCCCGUAGCAGCAGCGUGAGGCGUCUAGGGCCGAGCGUUGAAUUGGUAGCAGCGAGCGACGCGAGGAACCCGAUGCUCCUGGUUGUUGAGGCUGGAGAAGGCGGGCGGAUUUGGCGAGGUGGAGUGAAGUGGGGCAAGGAGGGGGCGACCGGACGGCGCAGGCAAUGCGCGAGAGGGAGCUUGCUGGUGCCGUAUGAGGCGCUGCUUCUGUUCCUGAAGUAGAAGUAGCUGGUUGUUGUGGGGGUUGGAGGGCUAGGAGCCGUUUGUGGCACACGCGAAUGCGGAUGGCCUCACCUCCUUGGAGCCCCCGUCCCCUCUCAGCUCAGAACAGCGAGUACCACAAACAGACAGCAAAAGUAAACUGCGCAUAAAUUGAGUGAUUGUGAAGUGAGCAGUGCGACAACACCGCCCGUUGUGCGAGCAUUUGCCGUUUGGAGGUCGGGCGCGCGUCUGCAGUCUUGCCAACCUCCAGUGGAAGCCUGUCCUAGUGCACGUUGGGGACUCGCCUCGCCCUGCCUGUGCCGUUACAUACAUUAGACGCUGCAACGACCAACACUUGGUUGUAGGAAGUGAAGUCGUCGCCUACUGGGUGACGCGCCCAGUGAUCCUCUCUCUUCUGGUUGGUGCCUGCAUUGCCGUUUUGAUCGCAAUCACGUCUUUAAGCGUGGGGCAACGUAUAGUGAGUGGUUUCGAAGCCGGCAUGAUGCGCCCAGGUGCAUUGUCUCAGUGUGCUGUCCCCGUGUUUAGGUAUAUCUUCGAAUGCGCCAUCACCAUGUGCUUUAGGUGUGAUGUGCGCAUGGGGGGCUCGUUUGUUGUGUUUUGUGUAGCCUGCGCGGGAAAGCACCGGAAGCUCCGGGUCCUUAACUUGGAACAGGAGCCAGCUGCGCGCUGGUUACGUUUGCGGUGGUGGACUGUCUCGCGCGCUAACAUGGUGCAGGCUAUGCGAGGUGGCUUUAGGCAGGAAUCUGGUUAUUACGCGAUCCAUGUCAGAUGGGCAGGGUGAGGAAACGAGGGGUGUUGCUGUGUCGCGCACUGCUGUACUUUGACGUGCACCCGUGCAACUGUUUAGAGCUAUGAUGUACACCCCUUCCGCGGCUUUUGCAGGCGACGAGCGGAUCCAUGAGCAAAUUUAGUUUUGUGAUGGCUGUGCCUUACGUCAGCUGGUUGUUGCUCCAUCGUUGGUUAGUUUGUCGAGUGACUACCUGAGGACUGUAGUCGUACGGCAGGUGGGAGUGUUCCUUUGCUUGGUUCCUGGGGCUUAUCACGCGCCUCCGGCUCGUAACGAGGGAAGCUGUCGCGCAGGUCACAGCCUGCUGAGGGGUGCGUUAUGGCUUGGCUGCAGUUUUCAGAUAGGCGACAGCAGCGGCUAAAUGGGCUCUAUUGACAAGUAGGAUGGAAAUGGGUAAAUCUCGCGUGGUGGGAUCCGGCGGUGAACGAGCUGAGACGACGGCUAUGGAGGCCGACACAAGCACAAGCGGCCAGUUUACAGGCUUGUGCGCUAAAUAAUUCUCGCUUUGACUCUCGGUCUACGAUUGGGGCAGACGGUUAUGGGUUCGUGCCCCGUCUCCCGGUGGGGAUUUCGCGAACGAAAGGGCUGAUUAGUAUGCC